UAAGCUAAACGGUGAUGGGUUCGCAACUGUCACUCUGAAGACAAAAUGCGUGGAAUCGUACAUUCCGAUAGUGGAAUUCGUUAGAGUGAUAUCGUCAUCGAUUUAGCGGCGAAUCUAUUUUAGUUGAGGAGUGUAAUUUAUUGUUAAUCGUAAACUUGUAUAAAUACGUUUGAUUUGUCAUCAUGGGUAAGACGAAAUCUUCCGAAGUAGAAGAAGGAUCGAUGGGUUUCAAGGAUAAGCAGAAGGCUUUGGAUACAUUGAAAUUUCUUGAUGGUCGUGAUAUAAGUUAUCAAUAUCACGUCAUAACCAGCUUUGUAAGUCGCGUUAAGAGAACAUUACAAAUAACGAAGGACGAGGAGAAACUUUCGAAUUUGCGAGAUGCUUUGAAAGUAUUCGAAAAUUGGUUGACCGAUUAUAAAGAAAAUAAUCGUGGAAAGGAAAAUCUUGCAUAUUUACCGAUCGACACGAUCAAGGCUUAUAGAUCACUUGCCAAGAGAUAUGAUCUGAUCGACGAUGAUUUUUACGUCGCUUACAGAAAGGAAAAAGGAGAUUACAAAAAUUUACGUACUUCAAAGUUACAAAAUAACAGGAUAACAUGGGACAUCGAAAGGAAUCGUAGAUUAAAGGAUAUAGUUGCUAACAUCAAAGAAAGGAAUAUACAAUGGUAUGAGACAGAUAUUGGUGAUUUAAGAGGACUUCCAACGAAGGAACACGUUCGAUGCAUCAUGUUAGGAUACAGUCCGGAUCCGACAAAGUUGAAAAAGUUGAUGGCAGAAGUUGCAUCGAAAAUCGGUAUUAUAGAUGACGUCGAUAUGGAAGUUGAAGAAGAAAUCACGAAGAAGACGAACAAGAGAAGCCAUGACAAGAACACAUCGAGCAGCGAAAGCGAGUCUAGCGAACCCGAUAGAAAAGUUGCCAAGUUAUCCUCUGAUGUGGAAGAAGAAAAAAAAGAAGAUAGUGGUCUUAGUUUUAAGGAUAAAGAAAAAGCUUUGCAAAGUAUCAAAUCUCUUGAAGGACGAGACUUGAGUUAUCAGUAUCAUGCCAUUGCUGGUUUGGUGAGGAGAGCCGAAAGAGUAAUAUCGUGUACGAAGGAUAUAAAAAAAAUCGAGAAUAUGAAGGAAGCUGUUCAAGUAUUCGAGGAUUGGAUUACCGACUAUAAUGUAAAUGACAGAUCGAAAGAUAAUUUUAAUUAUUUAUCGAUCGACAUUAUACGAGCUUUCGAACCACUCGUUAAAAAAUACGAUAUCGAGGAUAAAGGGAUUUUAAAGGCAUACGAAGGAGUAGAUGGAGAUUAUAAGAAAUUGAGAACGGUACAAGUCCCACAAUCCGAUUUAACGUGGGAUAGAAAAAGAAACAAAUUUCUUCGAGAAUUUGUGGAUCAUAUGAAAGAAGAAAAGGAUAUUUCUUGGUUUCAAACCGACGGAGAUCUUCAGAGUUUACCGACUAAAGAACAUACGCAGUGUAUUAUGUGGGCUUAUAGUCCCGAUCCUACGAAAUUAAAAAAGCUCGUGUCCGUAGUUAAAGAUAAAUUAACGUCUACAGUGUGAUAUACUAUAACUAAUUAUCUAUCUACUAUAUCUAAUUAGUUAUCGUAUAAAAGCUUUCAUGCUCUUAAAUUUUUUAAGCUAAAGCUAAACAAUUGUUUAAUUAAAUGCAUAUAUAUAUAUAUAUAUAUAUGUAUGUAUAUAUAACUAAUGAGAAAAACAGAUUAUUUCUUUUUAUUUGCAGGUCAAAUAUUUUACACAAUUAACCAUAAUCAAAGUCUGUAAUGUUUAUAAAAGAAAAUAUAAUAUUUAAAAUGUA